AUGUUAAUUGCACUUUAUAGUUCUAAAAAGAAGAAGAACCUUGAGGAAAAGUUCACGACAGAAGAUCACAACAACAAUAAGAGAAUAAUCCAAGAUUAUGAAACUCACAAAUGCAUUCACCUUUAUGAUGAAAAUGAAACAACUCGAAUGAAACCUUUACAAGCAAUUUCAUUUUAUUUAUAUCCAACUGGAUUUCUUGUUCAAGUUGGUGGGUUGUUCGAAGAGAGUCGCUUAAGAAGUUACUUCGUGCCAUCGUCAAUGAAUCAAAAGUUCACCGAAAGGAAACUUGAUGAUGAUGAAAAACUCGUUUUACAUGUGUGCGCUCGAUUGAGUAUGAUGAAUGAUAAAGAAUAUAAGCAAAUGUAA